UGCGAGAACUGUGAUUGGUCACAGCUUGUCACAUGGUACAAGGCUGUUGUGAAUAGCCUUGCACCAUGUGACCUCUGUGAACAUUCACAGAUUUCACAUGUAGUAAGCAAUGAUGUCAGGAAGUGACAUCUUGUUUACUACUAUGCAUAGAGACCGGACACAGUGGGCACUGGAUCGCGGUGCCGCGCGCUCCCAGGGAGUGCCCACAGGCAGGGAAUGCGAGGAGGACGUUUAUAAAUGGCCACCCAUUCCUGCAUUGCUCCCGUCCAGCCGAUUAUUUACAUGGGCCAGAUGGGAAGUGGUU